AUGAGCUGCGCCUGGGAAGGGCGAUAUUCGGUUUCCAAGGAUUUCAAUUUGCACCAAUCACCUUACCCCGCUCUGAACCCCACCUCCGCCGCCCAGCAGCCUAACGUUGACCCCACUCCGUCCUGUAGCAGCUUCCCGGCCGGGAGUCUCUCCUUCAGCCCGGGAACACCUGCCCGGGCCGCCUUCACUCAUCUGCAGGAGUACGUUCCUCCUCCGACCUGCCUCCAUCACCCGUAUUCCAAUAGCCAUGAGAUGGCCUUUACCGCCGGGGGCUGCGGCUCGAGCUGUGAGCAGCCGGCGAGUUUCUCCGGGUAUCAGUCCGGGUUAGGAGCGGUGGACCAGGGACAGUAUCAGGCUUGCUCGCACGACGGGACCAGCCUGCCCCUGUCCUACAGCCGCUCCCCUGGCCAGUCCCGCGGAGGCAGAAGCGAGUCUCCUCAACAGCACAGAAGUUACGGCGGCGGGAGCAAAACUUUUGAGUGGAUGAAAGUGAAAAGAAACCCGCCCCGCACAGUAAUGCCUCUCUUUGUCCUGCAGGGGGAGCUGCUGAGCCCGUGUCGGUGUGACGGCUCGGUUCGCUGCACACACCAGCCCUGCCUGAUUCGCUGGAUCAGUGAGAGAGGAUCGUGGAGCUGUGAGCUCUGCUACUUCAAAUACCAUGUCCUGGCGAUCAGCACAAAGAACCCCUUGCAGUGGCAGGCGAUCUCAUUGACAGUGAUUGAGAAGGUGCAGAUCGCUGCUAUAAUCCUGGGCUCUCUCUUCCUCAUCGCCAGUAUCUCCUGGCUCAUCUGGUCCUCCCUCAGCCCCUCCGCUAAGUGGCAGAGGCAGGACCUGCUCUUCCAGAUCUGCUAUGGCAUGUACGGCUUCAUGGACAUCGUCUGCAUAGGCCUGAUCAUCCACGAGGGCUCCUCUGUGUACCGGAUCUUCAAGCGCUGGCAGGCCGUCAAUCAGCAGUGGAAAGUGCUUAACUACGAGAAGUCCAAGGACCUGGGGGAGCCUCUUAGCAGCAAGGGCGGAGGCAGGGGUUCAAGGACCAAUCGGCACUCCUCGGCCAGCGACAGAAGCAACAGGAGAGGCCAGAGGGUUAGAACUAUACUCAACCACCACUGUGGCUACACCAUCCUGCACAUUCUCAGCCACUUGAGGCCUAAUGAACACCGGAUAAGCUCAAGCUCAAACCGGGAGGUGGUCAUGAGAGUAACGACGGUAUAAAGCCGUGGGAGACUUAGACAAAUCGAAAAACCGACAGACGGAUAAGACUUUGAUGUCUGUUGAGUUAGCCGCUACAAGAUGUUUAACGAUAUACAAAACUGAAACUGAGUUUGACUUCAGCAGCGAUAACAACAACAACAACAACAACAAAGGCUUCACAUUGGACUCAAUUUGCAGUAGGCCUCACAUUUCUGAGCCAGCUUAAACAGUGUUGCCAUGUGGUUUGUUUUUUUUAAAAACAGGGAAUCCAUGACGUAUAAUAAAGUAUAAUUGAGUUCCCGACUCCCUCUUCCAACCCCACUUUCUCGUUUCCCGUUAAAAUGUUUAAAAUAAAAAAAGAACUAACAAAACAAAGGAUGGCAGGAAAGCCAGGGGUACAGUGUUUACCCAAAACCUGAACUACCAGUUCAGAAAUGACUGGAAAUAAAAAGGCAACAAUAAAACAAAAGGUGCACCAAAAACAAAAUUUUAACAAAAAAUUCGUAAUAUUGAAUUCCAAAAGGAAACAUUGUCUGGGCAAUAAAGAUAACCUGUACAUUUCACAGUUACUUUAAUGCAUGAGUGUGCUGUUCUUUUUACUGCAGCUGGGAGGGGAAAUAACAGUGAAAAGAAUCUAUAUGCAA